UGCAAACGCCGGCCCCGUGCGUUCGGCUUAUCACCACGAAGUACUAUCGAAUACUGCCCCCAUGCCGCAACUUGCUUAGUUCUUGCUGACUCUUGUUUACACGUUUUCUCUUUCUGUCCGCUAGAUUUUGGUGUUCUUCUGGCCUAAUUGAUCUGAUUUUUCCCUUCUCCUGAAUCAACCAUGCUUGCCCGCUCGGUCACCCUCAUUGGCGCGUUGCUUGCCCUCGGAGGCAGCUUCGCAAAUGCGCAUGGAGAUCACUCGAAUGACCAGCCUCCUUCUUCGGACUGGGCGACGCGACACAUGCAAGAGGAGCACCACGUUGAUAACUUCGAUGCAUCGUCCUUCUUCAUACUCCACGAUUAUGACAGCUCUGGGGCUUGGACGGCGGAAGAGGUUCGCAAAACAUACGGACUUGAUGAUGAAUCGAACGCGGGUGUAAGCGAAGAGCGCAAACAGCAGGCCGUGCGGGAGGUGUUCGGUCUUUUCGAUCCUACCAACACCGGCGUCAUCACCUCAGACAACUGGAUGCGCCUCAUCUCGGAGGGCACUCGGUUGCCUGACUUUGGAUUCGGGCCGGGCCAUCACGGCGACAUCGAGUACGAAUACGAGAUUCAUCACUUUGAGAAGUACCACGGAGACGAUGCGACGGUGGACGAACUCACGCACCCCGAGGAUAUUGAGCACUUCCGGCGCCAUGAUGAGGAAGACCUUGCCGCGGAGAAGCUUGAAAAGCUGGAGAGAAUGGAGAUCGUCGAGGCGAACAUCCCUCAGAAAUUCCUCAAAUUGGCUUAGAAUGGCGUUUUUGUUUUCUGUUGGUGUAUAUAUGUUUUUGCUGACUUUCGUUGAUCCUCCGUUCUUUGACCUUUUGUCCGAUAUGAUGACACGUGUGAUCUAUGUACAUUAGGAGCGUAUUGAUGCGAUAUGAUCAUGUUUCAAGAUUUUGCC